AUGACUAAUAGCAAAUCAUCAUUACAAAAUGUAGACUUUUGAGAGAAUGAUACUAUUCAUCCUGUAUUAUUAUCAAGAAAAUAAAGGGGGGGGGGGGAACAAGAAAUAUGAUCAUCCUUAGCCAAGACAUCGACUUUUAAGACAGGGUAUGAAUCACAAGAAUGAUGAAGCAAAAAUCCCAUACAAGAAGGGAAAAAAAGAUCCAAUUGGCUCGCCUCAAUGUGGUUAACAAUCCCAAUUAAUAUAGUUUUUCUUUUCUUUUCAUUUCUUGCUAUUAAAAAUCAUGUAUCUUGUAAGGAAAUAGACUGUAUGGAGCUCCAUUGUUCUAUUAACCAUAUGCUCCCAAAUAGUAAAAUGGUAGCGCAGGUGAAAAUGGGAAGCAACGCGGAAGCUGCCGCCUUAUUUAACCUUUUCGUGAAAAAGCCAUGGAAAAUGACGAUGGCGGUGGUGCUGGCGGUGGUGAUUGAUGGCUUGGGAUUGUUUGUUAGGACGCUGUGGGAUCUGCAAGAGAGGCGAUUCUCUGCAACUUUUAAUGCUGUAACUUCAGCUGCUAUUUCCAUCACCAUGGCCCUUGUAGUUUGCCUCUUGUCCCUUCAUGGACAUGCAACACCAGAGAUUGGUGUUGCCUACAUUUGAUAUUUCCAUCUAUAUUUAAAGCUUUUCUUUCUCCUCUCUCUUUUUUAUACUAGUGCUUUUUGCUGCUGUACUUCACUGAUAAACAAGAAUACAUGUAUAUAUGAUAUAUAUGGCUUUCUUUCUAUA